GAUUGAUUGAUUGAUUCCAUUUCCAUACCGUCCUUCCAAAAAUGGCUCGGGGCGGUUUACACCGGUUGUUUCCCGGAGCUUUCUAAUGUAACAUCAAGAUACAUUUUCUGGAUAAUAACACCCACUGUAGAAUGUCCAUGGCUUUCCCGCAUCGUUUCCAAACAUUUGUCUUCCUUGAUGUUGAAACAACCGGUUUGCCUCCUGACCAGCCUCGGGUGGCUGAGCUGUGUCUUUUUGCUGUGAAUCGCUGUUCCCUACAGAACUCUCCACAAGAUUUUUCAUGGAACCCACAUCCACCCCGCAUUGUGGACAAGCUCAGCCUUUGCAUUGAUCCCCAGAAGCCCUUCGUCCCUGUAGCAGAGGAAAUCACUGGACUGAGCAACCAGAGCCUGGAGAAGAAUUGCAAGCCAGAUUUCAAUAAUGCUGUGGUGGAGGCCCUGAGGGGCUUCCUGAAUCGGCAAGCUGGCCCAGUCUGCUUGGUGGCCCACAAUGGUCUUGGCUUUGAUUUCCCCCUGCUGCGUACAGAGCUGUGGCAUGUGGAAGCUGACCUGCCCCCAGACACUGGCUGCCUGGACACUCUGCUAGCUUUAAAGGAACUGGACAGAACUUCAAAUGUGAGCUACCAGCUGGGGAAAAUAUACCAGCGCUUCUAUGGACGGGAACCUGUUGGAACGCACUCAGCUGAAGGGGAUGUGCUCACUCUUCUUCUGGUGUUCCUGGCCAAAGCCCCUGAGCUGAUGGCAUGGGCAGCCCUUAAUGCCUGUCGCUGGGGAGAAAUUCGUCCUAUGUACUUCCUUCGGCCCAGACAGUAGCAAGAACCGAUGCUUAAAAACAAGACAUCCCCCUGCAUACAUGUACGUGUGUACACUCACACUCACCCACCCUUCCUCUCUCUCAAAAAUCCGGAAGGAGCCAGUACUUUUUGGUAUAGUGCUGUAGUGUCCUAUGUAGAGCUUUUGGCUGGUAACCCAGGGCUGCUCAACUUUGGUCCACCUGUAGAUGUUGGCCUACAACUCCCAUAAUCCCUGACUAUUGGCCUCUGUGACUGGGGAUUAUGAAAGUUGUAGUCCAAAAGCAUCUGGGGGUCGUAAGUUGAGCAGGCCUGAUCUAAGCCAACUUGCCUUAGGAGGCCAGAGAGAUGCAGGUUUGGAUGCAUGGGACUCUGCUUGAAGCUCAUUGGCUAACUGAACAAGUCGCUGCCUCUCAGUGCAACUUACUUUGGUGCACAGUUAUUGUAAGGAUUAUAUAUGAUGAAGGUAUACUUGAUGAAUAAACUAUUGAUUGCACUUCCCUGUUACAGAGAGAAAAGUUCCCCAGGUCUGACUGACAUCAGGAGUUGGCAUUGUUGGGCAACUGCUGAGGGACCUGGGCUGUCAGAAGGGCCCAUUGCCAAUACCCGAGACCACCUCUAUACCCCAGCCUUUGUGCAUUGGCAGUGCAGGGACUAAGUCAAGGCUCUGACAUGACAGUGGCUUUGUUGAUAUCUUCUCUCUCCCAUCUUUUGUGCCAAGAAAAGCCCCAGCACGAACCUUGGGGGCAGGUAGGAAGGGGUCCUUGAAGGGCAGUUUGCAGAACCCCUUGAAUCUGGAGCUGGCCCUUGGUUCCUCCCCACCUCCCACAAGGAGAUGCUAGAAGAUGGUGGCGAUGCUAGAACCUUGCUGACGAUAAGCAGGCUUGGAUCUGAUCUGUGACAGCAUGGAAGGUUGCUUGGGAACUCCAUAAGUUCCCAAGGUAAGGUAAUUUAGUUGCCUGAGAGACUGCUGCCUUCUGCAUGAUUCCCCCUGCUUACUAGGUCAUUGGGGUGGAUGGCUCCAGCUGUAGUUACCACUGACUCAGUCAGACCUUCUCCUUAGCCACUACUGAGUUUGUAACAUGCUCCCUGCAGAAAUAAGGUCCUUCAAGAAGGCCUUAAAACACAUUUUUUAAAAGCCAGGCUUUUCAUGGAUAUUUUAAAUUGUUUUUAACUGUGUUUGAUUAGUUAUAAAUUGCCUUGAGAUUUUUUAGAUGUGGGGUUAUACAAAUGUAACAAAUAUAUCCACUUGAGUUCCAUAAAUAAUAAUAAUGCUACCUGUAGCCAAAAAUUGAUGAGACCAUAAAAUUGAAAAAGUGGUAGAAAAUGAAGAUGUAAAAAUAUUAUGGGACUUCCGACUACAAACAGACAAACAUCUGCCACACAAUACACCAGAUAUAACUGUAGUCGAGAAGAAAGAAAAACAAGUUAAAAGAAUCGACAUAGCAAUAUCAGGGGAUAGCAGAAUAGAAGAAAAAGAAAUAGAAAAAAAUCACCAAAUACAAAGAUCUACAAAUUGAAAUUGAAAGGCUGUGGCAGAAAAAGACCAAAAUAAUCCUAGUGGUAAUUGGCGCCCUGGGUGCAGUUCCAAAAGACCUUGAAGAGCACCUCAACACCAUAGGGGCCACAGAAAUCACCACCAGCCAAUUACAAAAAGCAGCUUUACUGGGAACAGCCUAUAUUCUGCAACGAUAUCUAUAACAACUGACAAUAAAAUUCAGCCAUCCCAGGUCCUUGUGAAGGACUCGAUGUCUGGAUAAAACAAACCAGUCAAUAACACCCGUCUGUCUGUGUAAACAAGAAAUAAUAAUAAUAAUGUAAUACAGAAAACAAUUUAUCAGAAAAUUAAUUCUGUACAAUUUAGUCAAGCUUUCAUACUACUACUAUUUAUAUAUCACUUUUCAACAAUGAAGUCCUCAAAGCAGUUCCUGUAGAAAAAUAAUAUGGUCCCCUGUCCUCAAAAGGAUCAUAGUCUAAAAAGAAACACAAGAUAAACACCAGCAACAGCCCCUGGAGAAAUGCUGUGCUGAGAUGGGUUAGGACUGGUUGCUUUCUCCAUCUGUUAAAUACAAGAGAAUUGUCACUCUGAAAAGUGCCUCGUUGCCUAGUUAGUAGGGGGACUAACCUUUUGGAAGGGGCAUAUGCAUAAUGUUUAGAGAAGGCAGUCCCGUCUAUUGUUAAAAUAGAAGGUUAAAAACCUAUUGAUGUUUUUUGUAAAUUUGAAGGCGAAAAAUAAACCUGCCUUUUGGGUG